UGCGCGUCUGCUGGCCAGCAGCUCUCAGUUCUGAUCGCCGCAGGAACACUCCUCCCGAAGCAGAGUCCCUGCAGAACGAACACCUGCAGGAGUUCGCUACACGCCACUGCACGGGCGCACCCGCGCGCGCCCACUGACCGCGGGCCACUCGCCACAGGAGGACGACGACGAGGCGGCGGCCGCGGCAAAAGACGACCGUGCCCGGUGAUCCUCCGCACGUGCUGCUGCCGAGAUCCGCGUGGUUUGGCGUCGCCUCGCCGCGGGAGAGGGGGCGUCAGGCGUGGCGCGGUAGCUUGAUGAGAGCCGCGCCGAUGCGGGAGGUGCCUUUCGGCGCGCGCAGCUAUUCUUCCUCUUCUUCUUCUUCUUCUUCAUGGACGCCGUCGUGAAGGGUGAGCGGAGGAAGGCCGCUGCGGCUGCGGCUGCGGCCAAUGGCGCGCAGCGACGGCCGCCGCUCGUGCCGUCCGAGAAGAACAAUGCUGCGGCUGCUCCGGCUGGUCGGAGAAGAGAGGUCCCCUCCAGGUUCAAGCCCGUCGCGCCACCGGCAGCCGCACCGGCGCCGGCUGCUCCUGCAGGGCGGCGGUGCGCGUCCCCGAGCCCCGGCCGGGCGCCGGCAGCCGACGGCUCGGCGACGUGCAACAGAGCGCGGUCGGCUGAAAGAGCAAGGCCUGCCGCGCCUUCAGCUGCACCGUCUUCUCGGCCGAAGCCCUCCUCCCCUGCCGCGGCAAGGUCCAGUUCGCCGGCCCGUGACGCGGCCACCGAAGCACACGGACACGGCGCUCCUCCCCGUGCAAGGAAUGCGAAGGCCUCCAAUGGCUUGUGGGCGUCUGUACGGAGCUCGUCUCCCUCGGUCCGGCCAGAGUCCGUGCCAGCAGCAGGCCCUGCCAAGAAGAUAGACAGGCUAGUCCAUGGCUUACCUUCAGAGCAGACUAAAUUGCGGUCAGGAGCCGCGGCUGAGAGGAAGAGGAGUCCUCUUAGAGGGAGAACCAACAACAUCAGCGACCAAUGUGAGAAUGCUCGGUCACCAGAAUCUGCCGCCAACAGAGCCACCGAGCGACACCGGUGGCCGGGGAUGAUGACUGGCCGGGAUUCUGCUGGUCUCACUUCGACAAGCGCUGCUCCUGCUGAAAGGACUAGCAGGUCCGUUACUUCACCAAAUGCUUCAUCAGGAUGCUCUCCAAGGAGGUUGCAUCCAUCUGAAGGAACGGGCAAGAGUCUGAAGCGACCGUCGAAGGAGAUGCCAAUGAUCGUUCACCGGAGAAGAAACGAUAAUGCAGAUUCUAGCAGUGACACCUCUUCUCAGACGUCGGAAAGCUGUGAAUCCACUUGUCACCCGAGCAAGGCCAUUUCUUCACCUGUUCCGGUUCUGCACAGAUCGUCGUCGCCAAGACAGGGCUUGUCAGCUGCACCAUCUACUUCCAGGUCCUGCCAGAGCCCGUCGCGGACGAGGCCUUCGACACCUUGCAGAUCAAAAUGUGCCCCUUCAGCUGCCCAAUCAGGUGCUGAACAACCUGUGUUUAACUAUAUCGUUGAUGCCCGGAAAGGGAAGAAGAAUGCAGGCCAGAUUGAGAAUGUCCAUCAGCUACGCCUGCUGAAUAAUAGAUACCUGCAGUGGCGCUUUGUGAAUGCACAUUCAGAAGAUACAGUACUACCCCAGAAAAAUGGUGUUGAGAACAUUUUUUACAGUGUUUUGGAAAGUACCUUGACACUGCGUGAUGCUCUAACAAUAACAAAAAUUAAUGUGCAACGCCUUCAGCAAGAGCUGAAUCUGUACAACAUUCUAACAGAGCAGAUUGGUUACCUUGAGCAAUGGCCGGUACUAGAAGAAGAGAGCACUGGUACUGUAGUUGAGGCGAUGGAGGCUCUUCAAGCAACCACGUUGUGCCUUCCAGUUAUAUCAGGAGCACAGGCUGACAGAGUUGCAGUUAGGAAUGCUAUAAGCUCAGCUGUUGAUGUUAUGCAAGCUUUGAGUUCCUCGAUGUUCUACUUGCAAUCUAAGGUCCAAGAUAGGACAUCAUUAGUUUCUGAACUUUUGGUUAUGGCAAGGCAGGAAAAGGUUGCUCUUGAUCAAUGCAAAGAGCUCUUAGCUACGGCAGCAAAACUGCAGGUACUUUUCGGACUACGGUCAGGAGACCAGCCUUCGCACGCAUCUGAUGCAACUGAGGGAGGGAUCUGCAGGAUGAUGAACUGCUAAGCUGAAGAAAUUAACCUUGCUUUUGACAGCUGAUGCAACGGAAAUCUGUAGAGACGAAGUAACAGCUGAUGAUGCAUACUGCACACACCCACACACACAUUCAAUGGCCUCGGAAGACCAUGGCGCGAAGCUCCGCAGUCUGCAGCUAACGAUAGUUCACGGUGCUCACAAAUUAUUUCUGGGGAAAGAAAAGGUGUUGAUGGUUAAUUUUCAUGGUACAGUAAUUCUUUUUUCCCCUGGUAGUUGUUUCUUCAGGGGUGUAGUCUUGUUCUUACCCAGUUCCCACUGUACAUUUUGACUUUUGAGAAGUGCAAAGAAAAGUAAAAAAAGGAUAAAUGAAAAGAAAACAACAGCCGAUGAAA